GAUUGUCGCUGUAGUCGGUAAAUGGACGUUUGAUGUCGUGUAUGUCAAGAUUGUGCUAUUGUGUGUUUACAGUGAUUUAUUGCUUGUAUAUUUAAUCCGAGUUGGAGGAAACACUUUUAAGGAGUAGAUGAAGGUGACAGAAUGUCUCGCAAUAAAGACAAGCAUGAGGGCGCUAGCGCGCGUACCUACCACAUUAUGUCCGAGGCGGAGCGGGCAUCAGGCAGACGCGGUAGCUGGACAACGCUUGAGAUAACAGGAGGUGUCCGCGCUCUAGCGCCCCAACUUUUUCAACUGUCGCACCUCACAGCGUUGUACCUUAACGACAACUCGUUACAACGGAUUCCGCCUGAUAUCAACCAACUGGUCAACCUGCACACACUCGAUAUGUCCAGCAAUAAACUGAGGACACUGCCCGCUGAGUUAGGAGACCUCAUACAGCUCAGAGAGUUACACCUGCACAAUAACUACCUGAGAGUACUGCCGUACGAUCUGGGCAAACUCUUUCACCUCCAACUCCUAGGUCUUCAGGGAAACCCGCUGAGUAAGGAGAUGCUAUCAAUAUACAACGAUAAUAAUGGGACUGCCAAGCUGCUGACGUAUCUACUGGAUAACUUACAAGUUACCGCCACUCUACCACCUCAGAGACCUUGGAUACCCUUAACGAGACCGAAUAGGAGUCGUCCUACUUGUAUAUUCACGGUGAUGUGCUACAACGUGCUGUGUGACAAAUAUGCGACGAGACAGAUGUACGGGUACUGCCCAAGUUGGGCGCUGGAGUGGGACUAUCGGAAAAAGGGCAUAUUGGACGAAAUACGACAUUAUUCUGCGGAUAUCAUAAGCUUACAGGAGGUGGAAACGGAUCAGUUCUACAAUUUCUUUUUACCGGAGUUGAAACAGGACGGCUACGAUGGCAUCUUCUCGCCAAAGUCUCGCGCCAAAACUAUGGCGGAGUCUGAGAGGAAAUACGUCGAUGGAUGCGCUAUAUUCUUCAGAUCUGCUAAGUUUUCAUUGGUAAAGGAGCACUUAAUCGAAUUCAACCAGCUGGCUAUGGCGAAUAGCGAAGGCUCAGAUAACAUGUUGAAUCGAGUUAUGCCGAAAGACAAUAUCGGUCUGGCUGCCUUGUUGAAGACCAAAGAGGCAGCGUGGGAGAAUGGUGAGAAUUGUCUACCAACGGAGACGUCGGCGCUUUCGCAACCAAUCCUAGUAUGCACGGCUCACAUUCAUUGGGACCCUGAGUUUUGCGAUGUGAAGUUGAUACAAACAAUGAUGCUGAGCAAUGAACUGAGAUCGAUUUUGGAUGAUUCUGCGCGUACGCUGCGAUUGACCGGACAGAAGGACAAUGUUCAACUGUUGUUGUGUGGAGAUUUUAAUUCGCUGCCUGAUAGUGGUGUAGUCGAGUUCCUCUCGGCAGGGCGUGUAUCCGCCGAUCACCGUGACUUCAAAGCGUUAGCCUACGCGAAUUAUCUCCGCCGAAUGCCGGGUUCAGAUCACGAGUUCACGCACAACUUCAAACUCGCUUCCGCCUACAGCGAGGACAUCAUGCCUUACACUAAUUACACGUACGACUUCAAAGGCAUCAUCGACUACAUCUUCUACAGCAAGCAGUCGAUGACCCCUCUGGGUCUUCUGGGGCCUCUGUCGCAGGACUGGUUCCGCGAACACAAGGUCGUAGGCUGUCCGCAUCCGCACAUACCCUCAGAUCAUUUCCCUCUACUAGUAGAACUGGAGAUGUGUCCAACGGCGAGUACCAACUCGAACGGACUAAUUGGACGCAGGUAGCACGCAAUCCGCCGACAUGCGGCCGCACAUGGCGCCAAUGCCAUCCACAGGAAUCCUACCCUCUACUUCAAAAAUCAAAACCAGAAGCUGGACAAAAAUCCAGUACAGCCACCGACCCACAACCAGAAAGAUUCAGCUAAAAAUCGUAAACUGGAUGACCAACAUUCAGUUCCUCACCAACCGAUAGACAAGAAUGCAGUUGGGAAUGAUAACCAACCAAGCCGCAAGGACAUAGUAGCCUACCAGAAGAGUCCAAGAAACCAAACUGAAAAUCAUCAGCUUCUAAAAUAUCAAGUUGACCUUAAUAAAUGUGAACACCCUAAAUCAGUAAUCCAAGAAAGAAAGCGACACAAUGUGAACAGAUAAAACUUAGUAAUUUAGGUAUAUGGAAAAUCAAAAUCAUAGACAUCUAGAACUUGACAGUUCGUCACAUUAGCCUAAAGCGGUCUUGACGUUUUACAUCAACGCAGAAAUCACAGUACUCAAAAAUUCCCAAAUUACCCAAGUUAGAAAAUUAACUUUAGUCUAAUCAAUUUUAGAUAAAUUUUGACGUAGACGCUUCAUUCAGCUAGGGUGACGAAUUUUUCACAAUAUUUAGAAUCCAAAUCAUUUUUGUAAAACACUUAUAGCGAACAAAAUAUAGAUUUCUUUAUGUAUAGUACUUAUUAAGUAGAAAUUUGUAAUAUUGGUUUAGAUGUGCAGAUUUCAUCGGUUUGUGUGCAAUUUUAAGUUUUCAAAAUCAUAAGUUGUAUAUGUCAAAAUAAGAGUAUGUAAAAAUCGUUUUGAAGUACUUAAUAUUACUAAAUUCAUUUUGCUGUACUACCUCCGGAAUUAUACAAAAGACAUAGUACAGUACAUUUCUUAGAGCGUCGAUUAGGUAUGUGUAAAAUUUUAAUUAAUUAAAUACUCAAAUUUAUAUUUUUCUUCGCAAAACAAAAAAUUUUAAAAGAUUCUUCCAACAUCCUUGGCGAUUUUCUUCCAUCUCUCUCAGUGAAGUAUAGUGAUGGAAAAUCCAUAUUUAGCUUCUGUGCAAUUAUAGUUUCCAAUCAGAAAAAAUAGUUUUUUAAAAUCAGCUUCGUAUUAAUGAAAUUUUUAGCUUUAUUUCUUCUGCAAAACAAAUGUUUAUAUAUUCUAAUUUCAGUUACCAUGGCCGCUAUGAAGUUCAGUUGCCAUAGUAACUAGACGGUUCCAGUUGCCAUGGUAACCAACAAACAUGGCGAUUUAUACCCGCCUCUUUAAUGCUCAGUAAAGUACAUUGAUGGAAAAUCGAUAUUUAGCUUUAAGACUAUUGUCUGUGCAAUUAUAGUUUUCAAUUAGAAAAAAAAAUAUUUUGGCAGAAUCAGCUUCUUGUUAAUGAAAGUUUUAGCUAUAAUUUUAAUUGUCGUGAAUGUAGCUACAGUUGAGGAAUAUAACGAGGUUACAAAUAUUUCCGUGACGGGUCUGUUUAUCUCGGAUUUUGAAAAUAUCAGACGUCCAUUUACCAAUUAGUGAUAAAAUGAUUCCUCCACUGUAAAUUGUUAGAAUAAUGUGAAUAUGUUUAGUUCUAGAUGGUGUUCGAGGAGACAUUGGAACAAUAUAUUUUAUUUUUCACAAAUUUGAAUUAGUUUUUCACGGUAUAACAAAGUUCCCCGGUACUUUUAUAACUUACAUUUAAUAUAUUUUUUAUUCAACCCUAAUGGCAACUUUAUAACCAUAGAAAUAAUUGUUUAAGAGGACAAAUUACCGAGUUAAAUCAUUGAACUUCGGCCUAAGUCAUUUUUUUUAGUUUUAGCGGGGUUUAGUUGCCGCAUUUAACAAGUUCAUUGUAUGGUGCAAUCAAACCAUUUCUUUAUAAUGAAUGUGUUUAGUCCACAAUGUCUCCCCGAUGGGUGUGUGUAAAUGUCGGUAGUGCAGUGGACGGUGAGCUAUGGUUAAUUGAGGUACAGAGGUUAACUGAUAUGGUUAAGGUUAACUGUGGUACGGUGUUGGCAUUUAGAACAAAGACGAGCGAAUGCUCGCCGGCGGCGAAACUUAGGUUAAUGUCGCAUAUUGUGUACCAACAAACUACUCAGCGAGACUUAAAAAAGACCUUUAUUACCCCUCCUUUUUAUCCCCCUCCGCUCUCCUCAAACCCCUUUUCCUAGUAUUUUUAUAAUCUCUUGUAAGUGGAGUUUUGUAUUGUCUCGUUUCUUUACAAUUAAACCGCUCGCUGCCGCUCAUCCCCCUUUUAGCUCUAAGUAGGUUAUAUAUUGUGACGAUUGGAAUCCCAUGAGUAACUCACGAAUUGAAUUUUGUUUAGUUGUAAGUUUUUUUCGUACGAUUCAGUAUUUGCAGCGCCCUAACGACUGCUUCGAACCCAAAUUCAAUGUAAAUGCAUUUUUAUUAGUUUAGUCCUUUAUCAUUCGGGGAAUGAGAGACAGCGACCGGGUACAUUUAGAAUAGCGGGUAGCAUACUGGCGUAGUACAAAUGGACGUGUGAAUGUGUGAUGCGGUGUGGUGCGUACGUGCACGCUAUCUCAGGAUCGCUUGUCGUUUGACAAAUGCGCGGUGUAUUUUUGGAAGGAUGCGUGUUACCAUUUAAUUGACGUUUCGUGUGAAACAGUUAAAUGGUCACACCCCUGUAUGCAUUGGUCGUAUGCAACCUCUGAUUGUAUGGUUGUGAUCUUAUCGGAAUCGAUUCGUGUAGUUUGUCAGAAAACUAGUCAUCGACGGAGGUUGACAAUUUUGCUCAGGGAUUAUGGAUCUGGAGAGACUAGUACUGCCCGUAUCUUACAGUAUCUAUUGAUUAGAUGUAGUCUUUUUUUUUAGUGAUAUCUGAAUUGUGCUCUGCGCCCGAGUGCAAUCUGUCAAUCUCUUGCGUCGUUGUAGAGCGUUAGUUGACAUCGGAAUGACGUUAUAUUUACUUUUUACAAUCAAAAAUUGGACCACUUCAUAGUUGAAUCUACGCUUAUUUUUUGUCCUUUCCAUCGGAAUUAUAUAAUUUUUAAAUAUUUUUUAUUAAUCAUAUAUUUAUAUCAAACGAUAGGUGCUGUUGUAUUUAAUUUUAAUAUUACACACGAUUGUGAUAAGGCGACUCUCUCGAUUGUUAACGAUGAGCCAAAUCAUGUAAAGGGUAUAUUUGAAUUACUUUAGGAUAAUCGUGGACGAAGUUUUAUAUCAUACAAAUUUUACAACCGACGCUGUAUAAUUUUUCUAAGUACACAGGUAAAGUCAUAUCAUGAUUAUUCUGCGAUUUUUCUAAAUUACUCUAGAUUGUUUAGACGUUCGUCCGUUUUUGAGAUUGUUCUACGUGAAUGCACAAAGUAAGGUUUAGUCUAGUUACACGUUGCGAUGUUAUUUUAUACGUCGUAGGAUAAUUUCUGAAACGGCUUUUAUUGUCGAUGCGCGCUUUGCGUAGUACACAGUUUUUACGUUUCGUGUUUAAAUUAUUUCGCGUAAUUAUUGUUGCAUUUAUUCGUUGACAGAUAUUUUAUAGCGUAAGCUGAUAUGAAGGCCUUAACUGCUUCACUGUACCUGUUGAUGAGAUUUGGCUAAUUGUGUAAAUUUAUGACGUCAUGAUUGCAAUUGGGGUUAUUUUGAGGCUAUUUUUUUGUAAAUUCUGAACAUAAAAUAUAUAUUCAAGUUGAUAUCGCAAAAUUUGUAGUGAAAUAGUGAAACUUAUUAUUGGUUUUUUAAUUCAGUUUAAUAACGGAAACAUUCAAUUGAUUGAUUAGGAAAAGAUGAAUACGUUGCUACUGAUUUGUGAUAUUCAUCUUGAAUUAAAGGCAAUUCUCAAUUUUUAAAACUGACAGUUGUCAAAUGGACAUUAUAAAUAUCAGAAACAUUACAAUAAAAUUCAAUUGAAAAAAAUACCGUAUGUAAUAAUUGAGCUAAUCGUAUCUAAUAAUUGAAAUGUACACUGUCAGAGUUAAAAUAUAUACAUAGUACCAAAAACUUAUACGAUUCUGGUUUAAAUUUACUGCUAGUUUCAUAGAACUGAUUGUAUGAACACCUUUAUUACGUCGUGCUUAGAUUUUACAAUACACGGAAAAUGUUAAUCAGUCCUACUAUGAAGCAAAUGGCACUACCGGAUCACAUAAGCGUUUGGCACUACGGCUCGCAUCACUAGACGCUUGAUAGAAACCAAUAGACGCGCUGAACGCGAUGCAAAACGAGAGCUUUAUAAAUCUAAUUUGUAGUAAGACGUGAUCUCUUUAUUUUAAUAGAAUUUUGAUGGACAAUUUUACUUAAUAGAUCUAGCGGUGUAGCGAAAUAGGAUUGUAUCGCACAUUUUAUUAUACUCUAUAGUUUCGAACUGAUGCCCUCCAAGAAAUUUUGACAUGCAUCAUUAAAACCCUCGAGCCCCUUUAGCGCCGUUCCGAUUGGAAGUAUAACUUUGUGUACAUAAUUGUAUAAUUUUUUUAUGUAAAUAUUUUUUGUAUGAAAUUCCGUUGCCCCCGUGAUUGGGUUUUAAUGAUGCGAUCUAUUCGAUACCGCAAGGAGCCUUCAAGUCUGUGUAUUUAUUUUGUAAAUAUGUGAUUUCGAUUACAAUUAAUGCUAGACAACGAGCGUUGUAUGACAGCCGUUCGGACUUCUGCGCACACUGUCAGUUUUGUUAGGACUGAAGUGGCUACGGCGUAUAAACUGUGUCUGACUACCCUCCUAUUUAGGUAAUAGAGAUUUAUUUUGUAAAAUGUAUAAUAAUUUGUGUAAACUUUUUUAUAUUUGACUAUUGUAUUGUAAAUUUGAAUUAUUUGUGUCAGAUGUCUGUUUAUUCAUUGUAGCCAUCAAUUUUGCGAUGCAUUGGCGUUAAACACGUUUAGCAGUCACGUCUAUACAGAAGUUAAUGCAUAGGAAAACAACUAGAUGGCGCUAUAUUUAAUAUCAGUAUUUUUAAUAUGCAAUUGUAAAAUCUCUUGAACAAAUAUGAAUGGAUGUUAUCUCUUAAUACUGAUGUAAGUAUAGAGUCACUGAACACAGCCUGCGUUCGUUCUAGGUAAUAAGCCUUGCACUAGCCUCGAAUACGAAGGAUCAGACAUUCCACAGGCCCUAUCGAAUUAGCUCAAUGCAAAAGACUGUAUGAGACUUUAAAAGAGAAAUAUCAUGAAUAAAAAAAAAUAUUUUCUGAAGCACCUUAACGACUUUACAAAACGUGUUUUAUGGUGAUUUAAUGAUAAGAUCGCAAUGUUUAACUCACUAGUAUGUAAGGACAAAUGCUUUACGCCACUGUGAUAGACAAUACAAUUAUACCUGAGAGAAAACACCAUAGGCAUUUAUGUGAAAUUUAUUAUUGUCUUAUGAAAUGGAAUGUAAUGUACCUACUCUCAGUUGUGAUGCUGACGGUACUCUAUUUGAGUGCGAACAUAAAAAAUGCAAUAAUAGCAACAUUAUGACAUGUUCUAUUAUACAAUUUUUAUUUGAAGCCUUAUUUAUAGUUUAACCACUUCAUACUACAAAUUUCUUAUGAGUACAUGUUAGAGUUAAGGUCAUCAUUUUCCAUUUACGUCUUGCGUUAUAUUGGUAUACAAUUGCAUGUUAGUUGAGAAAAAAAAUACUAUUGCAAAUGUUAUUCACUAACUCCGUGGUUUUGUACUUUUUAUAUUCAUUUCUCAUUACUUUUGUACCCUUCAUUGCCUUAGUGUUAAAAGCCCAAACUAGAGUACCAUCAGUAAUAAUUAAAAGUACAAAGCGUAUGUGCAGAAGUUUCGCGGCUCGACUGUUCGAGUGUUCGCGGUGUGGGGAUGUGUGCGUGCGCGCAUGAGUGUGUGUAUGUGUGCGGCCGCGCGGCCCGCGUCUCGCUGCUCUGUUUGUUGACACAUUAUGUAUAUUUGAAUGAAUCAAAUUAUAAGAGAAUAUGAAUUUU